UAACGAAAGUAGAAUUCUUCCGGGAACGUACCUGCGUUUAUUUUGUCGACACUGCAAGCAAAUGUCUUCAAACAUUUACUUUUCAACUUUUCAUUUGCUUCGUUCACCUCGUUUUAUUCGUUGUUUAAAUGUGUCUAGAUGUAUCAGUUCGAAAAGUUGUUGGUUGAAAUCAAAAAAAGAGGAAACAAACGUUGUCAGUGAAAGUUUCAGCAACUCUAAAUUGAAUGAAAUUAAUGGUGAAAAGGUUGAUCCAUUAAGCGUUUCAAAUGCUUUAAAAUUUGAUCAAACAAGUAAUUUUAGUGAUUCUAAUAGUAAUCAAGGUGAAAAUAACAUAUUCAGCGAUGACGAUAUAAAUGCACAAAUACUAAAUGUAGCUCUUCAAUAUGUUCCUAAACAUGGCUGGACUGUGACAAGUAUUGAUGAGGCAGUUAAAGAACUUGAUUUAUCUGUAAGUGCUGCAGGAAUUUUUAAAAGAGGUGGUACUGAUUUAGUAUUACAUUUUAUUGAAGAAUGUAACAAUUCUCUCUCUAUGCAGUUAGCUUCAAUUGCAAAAAAUAGAUCGGUAGAUAGUAAAAUGAGUCAAGCUGAGUUCAUAGAAUUUGCUAUAAAAACUCGUUUACAAAUGAUUAUUCCAUAUAUCGAUAGUUGGCCUCAAGCAAUGAAACUAAUGGCUUCUCCUAUUGCAGCACCAGAAUGUAUUCAAUUAGGAGCUCAUUUAAUGGAUGAAAUUUGGUAUUACGCGGGAGAUACCUCUACUGAUAUGAGUUGGUAUUCCAAGCGAGCAACAUUAUCAGCUAUAUAUAUUGCAACAGAAAUUUAUCUAUUGAAUGACAAAUCACAAGAUUUUGUUAACACAUGGGCUUUUUUACAUAAUCGAAUGAAGGAAGUAAAAAAUUUAGAGAAAUUCAAACAUUCAUUUGAAGAGUUUUUAUCAGGCACAUUUUCGUUUUUUUGUGCUGGUAUAACAACAGCUCAAAAUAUUAUUGGCAUAAACAAUAGAUCCAACAGAUAAAACAUUAUGAUUUUUUUUUUAAUAAAGUUAAAAAAGUAGUUUUAUUUGUGUUUAAUGAAAAAUUGGUUUGUUUAUGCUAAAAAGUUGGCCUUAGUGCUUUUUGCUGUAAAGUUGUUUAUAUAUGUCUCUUAUGGUGAAUAUUUAUGUUUUUUUAAGGUUGUUUUUGUAACAAUAUUUUUGUUCAUUUUUAUUGUGGCAAGUUUAUAGCAUUUGUAAAGCUUUUUUUUUUCUUAUUUUGUCAAAAUUUAACUAUUUAAUAUGAGCAUAAAUGUAUUUGAAUCUGUAUUAUAAUAAAGUACAGUUAAGACCA